AUGGGUCAUGUUCCAACAACUGCUAGAAAUCCUUACGAGUACUUAAAAAAGUACAGCGGAAUUAAACAAGAAUACAAAGACACAAAACAAGCUCGCUGUGAAUGCAAAGAACAGCAAAGGACUAAGACUAAAUCACAAACAACAAUGGAUCAGGAAGGAAUGAUUUUAAGAGACACUUCUAAGAGGAAUUUCAUCAGGGAAAAUGCUCUUAAUGUAAUAAGGCGUCCUGCGUCAACCCCUAAUCCUAGGCUUGUGGACGAUAGAAAAGGAAAUUCAAUUGAUUUGGAACACUCAGGACUUGUUCCGAAGUACUUGCAAAAAGAGGAUUAUGGAGAAGUACCGAAGUAUCUUCGCCGGGAUCCGAGAUAG